GAAACUUCCAUUACCACAAGCAGUUCUUAGGACCGACGCGUUUUAUUUUAUUAAAUUCAUUGUGAAUUGCAUCAGAUUGCUUUUAAAAUAGUAUUUAAAGUUAAAGUGUCAAUGCAAACUAUGCAGGAACACAACAUGGGACAGAAACUCAAGCUACUUUUCUUUUUAAAUUUGAAUAAUUAAUACCAUUUAAAACUUUAUUUAAAGUGUUUUCAGUUUUAAAGAUAUGAGUUGGGAGUAUUGUCCUCUUUAUUUUUAUUUAAUUAACUGACAAAAACGAUUUCUCACACAACCUGUAAAUAUAACUGACAGUGAAAGGAUUCAAACGAACACAGCAGAAAGCUUCGAUAGGAGUAUUGUCAGUCCUUUAUUCGUACUGUAGCACACACCACGGGUACCUUAUCUGCUAGAGCAGGUGUCUCAUGCAAACUGUUAUCGUGAAAAUGAAAGUAAAGUAAAGCUGUUUUUUCAGCUAUUUUGCAGAAACACGAGACAUAAAAAGAAAAGAACCACACGAUUCUUCUGCUUGACGGAAUUCUUUUGUCGUUGGUAUCCUCCAACUGAUCCAACUCAGCAGCUCAACAUUUGAUAUUGAACAUAAAUCUCUGUAUGUAAUCUACCUAGACUGAUCCUUACAGCAGAUAUACAGCUCCUCUCCAAGAUUUUGGUUCCAGACCCAGCGCCAGGUUGUGUAGCUAUGUCUGGUUUGGCUGCGUUGUGUCUCCUACUUCUGCAGACUGGAGCUUUCGGGUUUGGUAUAGACCUAUUCAGCCUAUACGAUGGAUCAAUACUUCAUGAGGAGAUCACGCAGACAGCGAUCCUAAAUACCACCGUGCAGGUGUGCCGCGCUCUGGCCCUGGCUGAGGGCAAAGACUUCACUUUUCCUCCACAGCCUUUGACUGCUGAGUCUGUUGUAGUUGCAUGUGAAGCCUCACAAUCUUCCAAGAGUUUCAGAAACACUAUCAAAUUAAUCCAAAAGAAGAAUCGACAAGUAGACAUAUUUUCUUUCAUGCUGGCACACUAUCACUUUGACGACGAAAAAUUUUUGGAGGGAAGAAAAAUCAUCACAGAAGGAUUAUCAGCAGUGAAGGCCAGCAACAAGUUGAAGAACUUUAAGGCGGCAGGAGAAACACUGGGAAGAAUCUUACACAUUUUACAGGAUUUCUACAGUCAUAGUAACUGGGUGGAAAUGGAAAACAAACUCCCAAACUCCAACCUGAUCAGAGCAGGAACCAGCAUUGGAAACAUAGCAGCUGAUAGCAGGGCAACAUGUCGCAACUGUAAUGGAGACGACUGCAGGGACAACAUUUUGGAGGAUAUCCUACAGGAAAAGAUACUUACUUCAGGAUAUUUUAAUUUUGUUCCCUUUUUCUCCACUAAACCAAAAGGAAAAUGCAGCCAUGGAGGUGUAAUUGAUCGAACAAGUAAGAUUGAGCCUAAAGGUGGGAUCAACAAAGACACGUUCGACGCCAACCACGGACACCUUCACAGGAGAGCAGCAAAUUUGGCGAUUGCUGCCACCAGUGAGCUACUGGAGGACAUUCGAAGGGCUGCUGGUGACAUACCAUUCCUCCAGAUGUUGGGAAUCUCCAAAGGAUCCAGUAAAGCUCUUUGUUUCGUGAUCGACACCACAUUAAGCAUGAGUGAUGACAUUGAAGCAGUGAGGGACGUCACUUCCUCUAUAAUCGACAAUACAGUGGGAACAGACGAUGACCCCUCAGUUUACAUUCUUGUGCCUUUCAAAGAUCCAGGUUUCGGGCCAGUGACGAAGACUACAGACCCAAACGUCUUCAAGGAUGCUAUUAAUGCACUAUCAUUAACCGAUGGAGUAGAUGUUCCAGAAAUGAGUCUUUCGGGGCUUCAGCUGGCUUUAGCUAGCGCUCCUUCUAAUUCUGAGAUCUUCCUCUUCACGGAUGCACCUGCUAAAGAUAAACACCUGAAAAGCACAGUGAUCGCACUCAUAGAGCGAACACAAACAGUGGUGAACUUCAUGAUUACUAACUUAAAGGGACUUCGUCGUCGAAGACACAGUCGGGAGGUGACAUCAGAUGCCAAUCUGUACAGGGACCUGGCUCAGGCGUCAGGAGGUCUGGCUAUUGAAGUCACAAAGAGUGAACUCCCUGUGGCCACCAUAAUCACAACAGAGUCCUCCAGCUCCCCUCUGGUGACCCUUCUUCAAGCAGCCAGGAGUCCAGGGAAGACAGAAACUUUCACCUUCACGGUUGACGAGUCAGUAAGAAACGUCACAGUUUACAUCACUGGGAGAUUUUUCACCUUUACUCUCAUCAAUCCUUCAGGUGUGUCUCAGAAAAGCACAGACUCAACGGGAUCAUUGAUCACUGCAUUCCAGUCAGUGGGAAACUUCCAGACUCUGCAGCUUAAAACACAAACUGGACUUUGGGAAAUUAAAAUGGUGUCAACAAAUCCCUACAUUCUGAAGGUCGUAGGUGACAGUCCCAUUGACUUCCUGUUUGACUUCUUGAAGGUAUCGCAGGGCCUGUUCGGAGGUCUCGAUGUUGUAGACAAUCGUCCGAGAGCCGGUGUUAAUGGUAGCCUGGUCGUGACAAUAACCGGGAGUGACUCCGCCACAGUGACAGAAGUCAUUCUGGUUGAAUCGUCUGGGUUGGGAGAAGUUACUGGCAGUGUGGAGGCUAAGGGCGGAGGAGACUUCAUAGCUCGGUUUGACAGGAUACCAGCAGAGGAGUUUGUGGUGCUCGUGAAGGGGCAGAACAACAAUGGAUCCUCCAGAGCGUCCUCAGUGACCUUCCAAAGACAGUCCCCCACCAACAUCAGAGCGUCUACUGUGACUGUUACUUCUCCUGACUCGAACAACAUCUUAGAACCAGGAACACCGCUUUCAGUUCAUUUCUCUGUGAUGACGAGCGGAGCAGGAGGAACCUUCAGAAUCCAAGCUACCAAUGAUCAAAGUUUUGAUUCAACUUUCCCGUCCAGUUUAAUCCUGGAAACGGGAAUCAGUGCUGACGGUACAGUGACCCUCACAGCUCCACCUAACACCCCGUCUGGUACUGCCGUCACCCUGACCAUUGAGGCCGAAAAUCCAGGAGGCGAAGAUACCAAUUAUGUCGUUCUGCGUUUCACCGUCCUUAAAACGGUGACUGAUUUUACUCCGCCAGUGUGUGAGCUGCUCAGCCUGCAGGCCAACUGCUUGGAUGUCUGCAGCUUAUCGAUGUGGCAGCUCUCUGCCCGGGUGACUGAUGGGGCUGAAGGGGCUGAAGGGGCUGAAGGGGCUGAAGGGGCUGAAGCGACAGGUGUCGACCGCGUUGGUCUCAGUCAGGGCAACGGGACUGUAACCACCAGCUUGGCCGUUGACAACGAGAACAUAACUCUGGUUUCCUACAGUUCGUCUUGCUGUUCCCCUGAUGUGGAGCUGCUGGUUGUGGAUCAAGUGGGUAAUGUCGGCACCUGUUUUUACACUCGGUCUAUGUCCACCAAAGUCACUCAGUCGCCUCUUUUUGCUCUAAGCAUAGUGGCAUUAGGGCUCUAUAUACUGACAUAACGGGACCAUGAACACCAGCCUAGCCGCUGGCAACAAGAACAUGCGUCUUGUUGUUCCCCUGAUGUGGAGCUGCUGGUUGUGGAUCAAGUGGGUAAUGUAGCCUCCUGUUUCUACAGCCACCAACUCCUCACAGGAUGGUGUUCCAGCCUGGUUUGUUCUUUUUAUCUUAGCCUGCUUCCUCAGUUUUAGUUUUAUACCUGUUUUUUGUAUUUCAGCUUUUGUUAAUUAAGGCUUGCUUUUUGUUUUCACUAUCUGCCUGUGUGUGCAUUUUGGUCGUGUGAUAUAAGAAACUCCUGACUGUUUUAAUCCACACUUGAAAACCACUAUAUGUAUCUGUUUAUCACUAUCUAGAAGUAUUAUGCACAUGAAUGUAAACUGAGCACGUUUAAAUAUGUAUGUGUGAAGACAUGUUAGAGGUACGCCCCUCCUCUUGUCCUCUUGAGGGCGACUGAAGAUGACGUCAGCGCAAAAGGCCGUGGACAUGCUUACGCGCCAGCAAGGGGCCUAUGGAACUCAGGCCCCAGCCAACCAAUCGGAGAGGACUAUGCCCGAGGGGAUAGAACUGUGCAAAUUGUAACCUUUCAAAUCGACACAAUUUGCUUGAAUGUGGUCUGUGUAUUGGUGACGCUGAAUUGUCCACGGCUGUGUGUGUUUUCUAUGCUGCCAUAUCAUAAAUACUUUGAGAUAAUUAA